AUGUAUAAAAGGCAGAAGCUGAGAGAAGCAGGUUGUCAUUGCAAGGCCAAGGAGCAAACCAUGGGGCACCAGAUGUGGGUGUUGGCCUUGAUGCUUUCUCUCUCAAAUGCCUAUGACAUUAUUCCAGGUAGACCUAUCGACCAUACUAAUUCUAUCUGCAGUUCAUGGGGGAACUUCCAUUACAAGACAUUCGAUGGAGUGAUCUAUCAGUUUCCUGGAACCUGCAACUAUAAUUUGGCUACAGACUGUGGGAACUCCUAUCAUGAUUUUUCUAUCCACAUCCAGCGUGCCAUUGAAAAUGGUAGCCCAGUAAUUCACCAAAUAAAUAUGCAAAUCAAGGAUGUUACCAUUGAACUAAAGAGAGAUUCUGAAAAGCUGAAUGGGAUCGGCUUUGAGACUCCUUACUUUAGCUAUGGAAUUUUCAUCAACAAGAAGGAUGGGUACACAAUGGUGAAUACAAAGACUGGUCUAACCCUCACAUGGAACCAAGAAGACUCAGUUAUGUUAGAGCUGGAUUCCAAAUAUAAUGGCAAAAUAUGUGGUCUUUGUGGGGACUUCAAUGGCAUGCCAGUCAGUAAUGAAUUUUAUAUGAAUGAUAUGCCACUCAACCCUAUCCAAUUUGGAAAUAUGCAAAACAUCAAUGAUCCAACUGUUACCUGCACAAAUGUAGAUGAAAGCCAGCAAAUGAAUGCUUCCAGUUGUGGACAAUACUACUCAGUAUGCAAAAGUUACCUUAGCCAAAGUGCUUUUUCAUCAUGCCAAGAUCUUCUUGAAGUAUCCGAUUAUGUUAUGGCCUGCAUGCUUGAUGUGUGCUCCUGUAGCAGUGCCGAUGUCUCCUGUCUAUGCAAUACAUUAACUGAGUUUUCAAGGCAAUGCACUCACGCAGGAGGGAGCCCACAGAACUGGAGAACUGAUACCCUCUGUCCUAAACAGUGCCCUGGGAAUAUGAUAUACAAGGAGAGUGGUUCCCCAUGCAUAAGUUCAUGUUCUCAUCGUGAAGUAAAAAGCCUUUGUGAGGAACAUGAUGUAGAUGGUUGCUUCUGCCCUGAUGGCACAGUGUGGGAUGAUUACAAUAACACAGGCUGCAUUUCAACUACUCAAUGUUCCUGCAAGUUUCGAGAUCAGCUCUAUGCUCCCGGAUCAAACAUUAUAAACGAUUGUGAUGAAUGCUAUUGUAACGAGGGAAAAUGGGUCUGCGCAGGGGGAACAUGCCCCAAAGUUUGUUCCAUUGAAGGAGGAGCUCAUUUCCAAACGUUUGAUGGGAAGCUGUAUGAUUUCUUUGGAAGAUGCUAUUAUUUGCUGUCUAAGAUUGAUUUAAGGAGUAAUGACAGCUACACAAUCGCAGCAGAGCUGACUCCAUGCAAUGCCUAUUCACGGGAAACUUGCCUGAAAACCAUCAAGUUCUACACCGAUAAUGGGAAAAAUAUUUUGUCUAUCAGAGCUGACGGAUCUGUUUUACUAAAUGAUCUUCAAGUAAGCAUCCCGCAUAUCACAGGAAGUUUUUCAGUUAUACAGCCCUCUGAAUCAUUUGUCGUUGUGGAGACAGAAUUUGGUCUCCAAAUCCAAAUUCAGUUCCUACCAUUGAUGCAAGUGUAUAUUACCAUGGAUAAUUCUGAGGAGAAUGCAGUUGAAGGUCUUUGUGGUAACUUUAAUUACAUAGAAGGAGAUGACUUCACAACAUCUGGAGGUAUAGAUGAAUCAACAGCAUCAGCCUUUGCCAACACCUGGAAAAUGCAGUCUACCUGCCAAGACUCAGUAGAAAUGUUAGGAGAUCCAUGCAGCUUCAGUGUUGAGACUAAAACAUAUGCUGAGUUCUGGUGUUCUAAAGUAAAAGAUUCAGAUUCUAUUUUUGGGACAUGCCAUGAUACAGUAGACCCAAAUGAAUAUUAUAAGAGAUGUAUGUCUGAUACCUGCAGCUGUAGUCGUAGCGAUAUCUGCAUGUGUGCCGCAAUGUCCUCAUAUGCCAGAGCCUGUGCUGCAAAAGGAAAGAUCUUGUGGGGCUGGAGGAAUGGAACCUGUGAAAAUGACAUUCCCAGCUGCCCUGCCACACAGACAUACUUGUAUAACAUCACUACUUGUCAGCCUACUUGCCGCUCCCUGUCACUUGGAGAAAAAGACUGUGACAGUGAAUUCACACCUAUUGAUGGCUGUGGCUGCCCAGAUGGAACAUAUGUUAAUGAAAAAGGUGGUUGCGUUCCCAUAUCAGAGUGUUCAUGCUACUACCAAGGAAUGUAUCUCAGACCAUAUGAGGUUUUCUACAAAAGGGAUGAACGAUGUUCCUGUAUUGCGGGAAAACUUAACUGCGCCAGUUUUAUCAAUGACACUUGUUCCAAUGGGAAAGUCUUCUUUGACUGCAGCUCACUUCAGAAAGGAGAUCCUAUUCCACAGCAUAGGAGUUGCCGUACUCUGAAUAUCGGACCUGUAUGGCCAGAAUGCAUCUCAGGCUGUGUGUGCCCAGAAGGGCUACUUGAUGAUGGCACUGGUGGCUGUGUACUCGAGAGUUACUGCCCUUGCACAUAUAAUAAUGAAGUAUUUCCUCAUGGAUCUAGCCUCAAUGAAGAAUGCAAAUCCUGCGCUUGCGAGAGUGGCAUUUGGUCAUGUAUACAAACACCUUGUUAUGGAACGUGUACCAUCUUUGGGAGCGGCCAUUAUAUUACAUUUGACAAAAAAUUCUAUGAUUUUGAUGGAAGUUGUGAAUUUGUAGUUGCUCAGGACUAUUGUGGCGAUGUAAAUGGUACCUUUAGAAUAAUCACAGAGAAUAUUCCAUGUGGCACCACUGGAGUAACCUGCUCAAAGUCUAUCAAGAUAUAUUUAGGGAAUUCAGAACUGAAGUUGGCCAAUGAGCACUUGGAGCAAACUGUAGUGGAUCCAUUAAGUGUAGAGGAACAAUACAGAGCCCGUGAAGUGGGUCUAUACAUAGUAAUUCAUACAAAAGAUGAUAUUUUCUUCAUUUGGGACAAGAAAACUUCCAUAUUAAUUAGACUACCAUCUUCAUACAAGGGAAAUGUUUGUGGUCUGUGUGGAAAUUAUGAUGACAAUGCCAACAAUGACUUCCUGACCAGUCAAUUGAUACAAGCCAGCAAUGUAAUGGACUUUGGAAACAGCUGGAAGCGAAGUAAUCUUUGCCCUGAUGCAAACAGUAUUCCCCAGCCAUGCUUUUCAGCACCCCACCGCAGAUCUUGGGCUGAAAAGAAGUGUGAUAUUAUCAAUAGCAAUGUUUUUCUCAGCUGCCACAGCAGGGUGAAUCCAAAACCCUUUUAUGAUUCUUGUGUAAAUGAUGUCUGCUCCUGUGAUACCGGUGGAGACUGUGAGUGCUUCUGCACUGCUCUGGCUGCCUAUGCUCAACAGUGUUCUAAAGUAGAAGUCUGUAUUGACUGGAGAACGCCAGAGAUUUGUCCAAUAUACUGUGACUACUAUAACGAUGAUGCAAAUGAAUGUAUGUGGCACUACAUGUCCUGCGGCCCACAGUAUAGCACAUUUCAGCACAUCACCAAGUACUGCUUCUCACCCCCUGUCACACACCUGGAAGGUUGCUAUCCAGUUUGUCCACCUGAACGUCCUUAUUACGAUGAAAGAAAUAAAUCAUGUGUCGAUGCAUGUGAUUCAUGCUUUAUCAAUAACAGAAUCUACAUGAUAAAUGACACUGUACCUAGUAAUGACAUCUGUCAAACAUGUAAGUGUGAUACUAACCAACAACUGCGUUGUACUCCUAUCGAGAACCCUCCAGCAGAAUGUUUCUCCAAAUGCUAUAUCAAUGGCCAAACCUACAACAUUAAUGAUGUGGUACCUAGUACAGAUGAGUGCUCAACAUGUAAGUGUGAUAUUAACCGACAGCUGAGUUGUUCUCCUAUUCCAAAUCCUCCAGCAAAAUGUAUUUCCACCUGCUCCAUCAAUGGCCAAACCUACAACAUUAAUGAUGUGGUACCUACUUCAGAUGACUGUUCCACAUGUAAAUGUGAUACUAACCGACAGCUGAGUUGUACUCCUCUUCAGAAUCCUCCAGCAAAAUGUAUCACCACCUGCUCCAUCAAUGGCCAAACCUACAACAUUAAUGAUGUGGUACCUACUACAGAUGACUGUUCAACAUGUAAGUGUGAUACUAACCAACAAGUGACCUGUGCUCCUGUUGAGAAUCCUCCAGCAAAAUGUACCUCUAAAUGCUAUAUCAAUGGCCAAACCUACAACAUUAAUGAUGUGGUACCAACUACAGAUGACUGUUCAGCAUGUAAGUGUGAUAGUAACCGACAGCUGAGUUGUACUCCUCUUCAGAAUCCUCCAGCAAAAUGUACCACCACCUGCUCAAUCAAUGGCCAAACCUACAACAUUAAUGAUGUGGUACCUAGUACAGAUGACUGUUACACAUGUCUCUGUGAUACUAACCAACAAGUAAGCUGUACUCUUAUUCAGAAUCCUCCAGCAAAAUGUACCUCCAAAUGCUAUAUCAAUGGCCUAACCUACAAUUUGAAUGAUGUGAUACCUACUUCGGAUGAUUGUUCAACAUGUUACUGUGAUACUAACCAACAAGUGAGCUGUACUCUUAUUCAGAAUCCUCCAGCCAAAUGUAUCUCCAAAUGCUAUAUCAAUGGCCAAACCUACAACAUUAAUGAUGUGGUACCAACUACAGAUGACUGUUCAGCAUGUCUCUGUGAUACUAACCAACAAGUGAGUUGCACUCUUAUUCAGAAUCCUCCAGCAAAAUGUACCUCCAAAUGCUAUAUCAAUGGCCAAACCUACAACAUUAAUGAUGUGGUACCUACUACAGAUGACUGCUCAGCAUGUCUCUGUGAUACUAACCAACAAGUGAGCUGCACUCUUAUUCAGAAUCCUCCAGCAAAAUGUAUCUCCAAAUGCUAUAUCAAUGGCCAAACCUACAACAUUAAUGAUGUGGUACCAACUACAGAUGACUGUUCAACAUGUAAAUGUGAUACUAACCGACAGCUGAGUUGUACUCCUCUUCAGAAUCCUCCAGCAAAAUGUAUCACCACCUGCUCCAUCAAUGGCCAAACCUACAACAUUAAUGAUGUGGUACCUACUACAGAUGACUGUUACACAUGCAAGUGUGAUACUAACCAACAAGUGAGCUGCACUCUUAUUCAGAAUCCUCCAGCAAAAUGUACCUCCAAAUGCUAUAUCAAUGGCCAAACCUACAGCAUUAAUGAUGUGGUACCUACUACAGAUGACUGUUCAACAUGUAAAUGUGAUACUACCCGACAGCUGAGUUGUACUCCUCUUCAGAAUCCUCCAGCAAAAUGUACCACCACCUGCUCCAUCAAUGGCCAAACCUACAACAUUAAUGAUGUGGUACCUACUACAGAUGACUGUUACACAUGUAAGUGUGAUACUAACCAACAAGUGACUUGUACUCCUAUUGCGAAUCCUCCAGCAAAAUGUAUCACCACCUGCUCCAUCAAUGGCCAAACUUACAACAUUAAUGAUGUGGUACCAACUUCAGAUGACUGUUCUACAUGUAAGUGUGAUACUAACCAACAAGUGAGCUGUACUCUUAUUCAGAAUCCUCCAGCCAAAUGUACCUCCAAAUGCUAUAUCAAUGGCCAAACCUACAACAUUAAUGACGUGAUACCAUCUACAAAUGACUGUUCAACAUGUCUCUGUGAUACUAACCAGCAAAUGAGUUGUACUCUUAUUCAGAAUCCUCCAGCAAACUGUAUCUCCAAAUGCUAUAUCAAUGGCCAAACCUACAGCAUAAAUGAUGUGGUACCUACUUCAGAUGACUGUUCAACAUGUAAGUGCGAUAGUACCCAACAACUGAGUUGUACUCCCAUUGCGAAUCCUCCAGCAAAAUGUACCUCCACAUGCUAUAUCAACGGCCAAACCUACAAUAUUAAUGAUGUGGUACCUAGUGCAGAUGACUGUUCAACAUGUAAAUGUGAUACUAACCGACAGCUGAGUUGUACUCCUCUUCAGAAUCCUCCAGCAAAAUGUACCACCACCUGCUCCAUCAAUGGCCAAACCUACAACAUUAAUGAUGUGGUACCUACUACAAAUGACUGUUACACAUGUCUCUGUGAUACUAACCAACAAGUGAGCUGCACUCUUAUUCAGAAUCCUCCAGCAAAAUGUACCUCCAAAUGCUAUAUCAAUGGCCAAACCUACAACAUUUAUGAUGUGGUACCAACUACAGAUGACUGUUCAGCAUGUUACUGUGAUACUAACCAACAAGUGAGCUGUACUCUUAUUCAGAAUGCAAAAUGUACCUCCAAAUGCUAUAUCAAUGGCCAAACCUACAACAUUAAUGAUGUGGUACCAACUACAGAUGACUGUUCAACAUGUAAAUGUGAUACUACCCGACAGCUGAGUUGUACUCCUCUUCAGAAUCCUCCAGCAAAAUGUACAACCACCUGCUCCAUCAACGGCCAAACCUACAACAUUAAUGAUGUGGUACCUACUACAGAUGACUGUUACACAUGUAAGUGCGAUACUACCCAACAAGUGACUUGUAGUCUUAUUCAGAAUCCUCCAGCAAAAUGUACCUCCAAAUGCUAUAUCAAUGGCCAAACCUACAACAUUAAUGAUGUGGUACCAACUACAGAUGACUGUUCAGCAUGUCUCUGUGAUACUAACCAACAAGUGAGCUGUACUCUUAUUCCGAAUCCACCAGCAAAAUGUACCUCCAAAUGCUAUAUCAAUGGCCUAACCUACAACAUUAAUGACGUGGUACCUACUUCAGAUGACUGUUUAACAUGUCUCUGUGAUACUAACCAACAAGUGAGUUGUAGUCUCAUUCAGAAUCCUCCAGCAAAAUGUACCUCCAAAUGCUAUAUCAAUGGCCAAACCUACAACAUUAAUGAUGUGGUACCUACUUCAGAUGACUGUUCAUCAUGUAAGUGUGAUAGUACCCAACAACUGAGUUGUACUCCCAUUGCGAAUCCUCCAGCAAAAUGUACCUCCACAUGCUAUAUCAAUGGCCAAACCUACAACAUUAAUGAUGUGGUACCUAGUGCAGAUGACUGUUCAACAUGUAAAUGUGAUACUAACAGACAGCUGAGUUGCACUCCUCUUCAGAAUCCUCCAGCAAAAUGUACCACCACCUGCUCCAUCAAUGGCCAAACCUACAACAUUAAUGAUGUGGUACCUACUACAGAUGACUGUUACACAUGUCUCUGUGAUACUAACCAACAAGUGAGCUGUACUCUUAUUCAGAAUCCUCCAGCAAAAUGUACCUCCAAAUGCUAUAUCAAUGGCCAAACCUACAACAUUAAUGAUGUGGUACCUACUUCAGAUGACUGUUCAGCAUGUCUCUGUGAUACUAACCAACAAGUGAGCUGUACUCUUAUUCAGAAUCCUCCAGCAAAAUGUACCUCCAAAUGCGUUAUCAAUGGCCAAAUCUACAACAUUAAUGAUGUGGUACCAACUACAGAUGAGUGUUCAGCAUGUUACUGUGAUACCAACCAACAAGUGAGCUGUACUGUUAUUCAGAAUGCAAAAUGUACCUCCAAAUGCUAUGUCAAUGGCCAAACCUACAACAUUAAUGAUGUGGUACCAACUACAGAUGACUGUUCAGCAUGUUACUGUGAUACUAACCAACAAGUGAGCUGUACUCUUAUUCAGAAUGCAAAAUGUACCUCCAAAUGCUAUAUCAAUGGCCAAACCUACAACAUUAAUGAUGUGGUACCCACUUCAGAUGACUGUUCAACAUGUAAGUGUGAUAGUACCCAACAACUGAGUUGUUCUCCUAUUGAGAAUCCUCCAGCAAAAUGUACCUCCACAUGCUAUAUCAACGGCCAAACCUACAACAUUAAUGAUGUGGUACCUAGUGCAGAUGACUGUUCAACAUGUAAAUGUGAUACUAACCGACAGCUGAGUUGUACUCCUCUUCAGAAUCCUCCAGCAAAAUGUACCACCACCUGCUCCAUCAAUGGCCAAACCUACAACAUUAAUGAUGUGGUACCUACUACAGAUGACUGUUACACAUGUAAGUGUGAUACUAACCAACAAGUGAGCUGUAGUCUUAUUCAGAAUCCUCCAGCAAAAUGUACCUCCAAAUGCUAUAUCAAUGGCCAAACCUACAACAUUAAUGAUGUGGUACCUACUACAGAUGACUGUUCAACAUGUAUGUGUGAUUCUAACCAACAAGUGAGCUGCACUCUUAUUCCGAAUCCUCCAGCAAAAUGUACCUCCAAAUGCUAUAUCAAUGGCCAAACCUACAACAUUAAUGAUGUGGUACCAACAACAGAUGAGUGUUCAGCAUGUCUCUGUGAUACUAACCAACAAGUGAGCUGUACUCUUAUUCAGAAUGCAAAAUGUACCUCCAAAUGCUAUAUCAAUGGCCAAACCUACAACAUUAAUGAUGUGGUACCAACUACAGAUGACUGUUCAACAUGUAAGUGUGAUAGUACCCAACAACUGAGUUGUACUCCCAUUGCGAAUCCUCCAGCAAAAUGUACCUCCACAUGCUAUAUCAAUGGCCAAACCUACAACAUUAAUGAUGUGGUACCUAGUGCAGAUGACUGUUUAACAUGUAAAUGUGAUACUACCCGACAGCUGAGUUGUACUCCUCUUCAGAAUCCUCCAGCAAAAUGUACCACCACCUGCUCCAUCAAUGGCCAAACCUACAACAUUAAUGAUGUGGUACCUACUACAGAUGACUGUUACACAUGUCUCUGUGAUACUAACCAACAAGUGAGUUGUAGUCUUAUUCAGAAUCCUCCAGCAAAAUGUACCUCCAAAUGCUAUAUCAAUGGCCAAACCUACAACAUUAAUGAUGUGGUACCAACAACAGAUGACUGUUCAACAUGUACGUGCGAUAGUACCCAACAACUGACUUGUACUCCUAUUGAGAAUCCUCCAGCAAAAUGUACCUCCACAUGCUAUAUCAAUGGCCAAACCUACAAUAUUAAUGAUGUGGUACCUAGUGCAGAUGACUGUUCAACAUGUAAAUGUGAUACUAACCGACAGCUGAGUUGUACUCCUCUUCAGAAUCCUCCAGCAAAAUGUACCACCACCUGCUCCAUCAAUGGCCAAACCUACAACAUUAAUGAUGUGGUACCUACUACAGAUGACUGUUACACAUGUAAGUGCGAUACUACCCAACAAGUCACUUGUACUCUUGUUGUGAAUCCGCCAGCAAAAUGUACCUCCAAAUGCUAUAUCAAUGGUCAAACCUACAACAUUAAUGAUGUGGUACCAACUACAGAUGACUGUUCAGCAUGUAUGUGUGAUACUAACCGACAAGUGAGCUGUACUCUUAUUCCGAAUCCUCCAGCAAAAUGUAUUUCCAAAUGCGUUAUCAAUGGCCAAACCUACAACAUUAAUGACGUGGUACCAACUACAGAUGACUGUUUAGCAUGUCACUGUGAUACUAACCAACAAGUGAGUUGUUCUCUUAUUCCGAAUCCUCCAGCAAAAUGUAUCUCCAAAUGCUAUAUCAAUGGCCAAACCUACAACAUUAAUGAUGUGGUACCAACUACAGAUGACUGUUCAACAUGUAUGUGCGAUAGUACCCAACAACUGAGUUGUACUCCUAUUGAGAAUCCUCCAGCAAAAUGUACCACCACAUGCUAUAUCAACGGCCAAACCUACAACAUUAAUGAUGUGGUACCUAGUGCAGAUGGCUGUUCAUCAUGUAUAUGUGACACUAACAGACAGCUGAGUUGUACUCCUCUUCAGAAUCCUCCAGCAAAAUGUACCACCACCUGCUCCAUCAAUGGCCAAACCUACAACAUUAAUGAUGUGGUACCUACUACAGAUGACUGUUACACAUGUCUCUGUGAUACUAACAAACAAGUGAGUUGUUCACUUAUUGAGAAUCCACCAGCAAAAUGUAUCCACAAAUGCUACAUCAAUGGCCUAACCUACAAUAUUAAUGAUGUGGUACCUACUUCAGAUGACUGUUCAACAUGUCUCUGUGACACUAACCAACAAUUGAGUUGUUCUCUUAUUGAGAAUCCUCCAGCAAAAUGUAUCUCCAAAUGCUAUAUCAAUGGCCAAACCUACAACAUUAAUGACAUGGUACCAACUACAGAUGACUGUUCAACAUGUAAAUGUGAUACCAACCGACAGCUGAGUUGCACUCCUCUUCAGAAUCCUCCAGAAAAAUGUAUCACCACCUGCUCCAUCAAUGGCCAAACCUACAACAUUAAUGAUGUGGUACCUACUACAGAUGACUGUUCAGUAUGUAAAUGUGAUACUAACCGACAGCUGAGUUGUACUCCACUUCAGAAUCCUCCAGCAAAAUGUGUCACCACCUGCUCCAUCAAUGGCCAAACCUACAACAUUAAUGAUGUGGUACCAACUACAGAUGACUGUUACACUUGUAAGUGUGAUACUAACCAACAAGUGAGCUGUACUCUUAUUCCGAGUCCCCCAGCAAAAUGCAUCUCCAAAUGCUAUAUCAAUGGCCAAACCUACAACAUUAAUGAUGUGGUACCAACUACAGAUGACUGUUCAGCAUGUAAGUGUGAUACUAACCAACAAGUGAGUUGUACUCUUAUUCAGAAUCCACCAGCAAAAUGUAUCUCUAAAUGCUAUAUCAAUGGCCAAACCUACAACAUUAAUGAUGUGGUACCAACUUCAGAUGACUGUUCAGCAUGUAAGUGUGAUACUAACCAACAAGUGAGUUGUACUCUUAUUCCAAAUCCUCCAGCAAAAUGUAUCUACAAAUGCUAUAUCAAUGGCCAAACCUACAACAUUAAUGAUGUGGUACCUACUUCAGAUGACUGUUCAACAUGUCUCUGUGACACUAACCAACAGCUGAGUUGCACUCCUCUUCAGAAUCCUCCAGCUAAAUGUAUCUCCAAAUGUUAUAUCAAUGGCCAAACCUACAACAUUAAUGAUGUGGUACCUACUACAGAUGACUGUUCAACAUGUAUAUGUGAUACUACCCGACAGCUGAGUUGUACUCCUCUUCAGAAUCCUCCAGCAAAAUGUACCACCACCUGCUCCAUCAAUGGCCAAACCUACAACAUUAAUGAUGUGGUACCUACUACAGAUGACUGUUCAACAUGUAAAUGUGAUACUACCCGACAGCUGAGUUGUACUCCUCUUCAGAAUCCUCCAGCAAAAUGUACCUCCACCUGCUCCAUCAAUGGCCAAACCUACAACAUUAAUGAUGUGGUACCUACUACAGAUGUGUGUUCAACAUGUAAGUGUGAUAGUAACCGACAAGUGAGCUGUACUCUUAUUCAGAAUCCUCCAGCAAAAUGUACCUCCAAAUGCUAUAUCAAUGGCCAAACCUACAACUUUUAUGAUGUGGUACCAACUACAGAUGACUGUUACACAUGUCUCUGUGAUACUAACCAACAAGUGAGCUGUACUCUUAUUCAGAAUCCUCCAGCAAAAUGUACCUCCAAAUGCUAUAUCAAUGGCCAAACCUACAACAUUAAUGAUGUGGUACCAACUACAGAUGACUGUUCAACAUGUUUGUGUGGUGCUGACCGUCAGUUGAGUUGUUCUCCUAUCCCAAAUCCUCCACAAAAAUGUAUAUCUUGCAUUAUUAAUAACAGAUCUUAUCAGCCUGGCGAGCGUGUACCUUCCAGUGACCCCUGCCUUAUAUGUCAGUGUGCUGCUAACCUACAACAGAGUUGUUCUUCAGACCCAGCAUGCUGCAAAAUGGAUGAUAUUGCUACUACAACACCACCAACGUAUAUUACAGCCACAACAGUUGGCAGCAAUAAUGGUGCAACAUUAAUACCACCCAGUACCAUCAUUUCUACAUAUAAUUCAUCAGUACUCUGUGCUCAGAGGAUAUGUGUCAAUGGAAAAAUAACUCAAACCACCACCCUUUGUUCAACCCCAGUAACUACUCCCACAACUACUGCAACAACGACCACAACUUGUUCCUGUACUUAUAAUGGAAUAGUAUAUGCACCAGGUCAGGAAAUCACAAGGAGUAACAUACUUGGAAAAUGCUACAAAGUCAUGUGUGAUGGCAGUUGUGGGCAAACACCUGCAGUUGAAAUACCUUGUGAUACAACAACUACAAUAACUACAACACCAACAACUACAAAGACCACAACAAAAACAACUACAACAACACCAACAACUACAAAAACUACAACUACAGCUACAACUACAAAAACAACAACUAAAACAACCAAAUCAUCAACUACUAUAAUCAGUACAACUACUCCUUGUGUGCCCUAUACAAACUGGCAGAUCUGUAACUGCACCAAAGCUAUAUGCAAUGCAGCGGGUCAACUACAGAUUGUCGAAAAAGGCUGCAUACCUCCACCACAGAUUAAAUGUGCAAAUCAGAUGCAGCCAAUAGCUGUGCCUGAUGAUGACUUGUGUUGCUGGCAUUGGGAGUGUCCUUGUAUGUGUGCUGGCUGGGGAGAUCCUCAUUACCUUACCUUUGAUGGAACAUAUUAUACUUAUAAUGGAAACUGUACCUAUGUUCUUGUGGAAGAAAUUGUGAAAACUAUUGAUAACUUUGGCAUUUACCUUGACAAUUAUGACUGUGGAGAUACAACUGGUGUUACCUGCCCACGCAACCUUACUGUACAAUAUGAAACACAGGAAAUCACAAUUUCUCCUACAUCUUUUGCUCCAAUAAACUUAGAGACUCGUAUAAAUGGACAACUUGUAUUGCUUCCAUACACAAAAUAUGGAUUAAAACUUUACAAAUCUGGAGUAUAUUAUGUGGUUGAAAUACCAGAUCUGAAGACCAAUGUCACUUAUAAUGGUAUAACCUUUACUAUAAAGAUGCCAUAUGGAAAGUUUUAUAACAACACACAUGGACAAUGUGGUACUUGCACCAACAGCCAAGCCGAUGACUGUAUGAUGGCUAAUGGCACAAUCGCAAAGGACUGUAUAACUAUGGCUGAUUCUUACAUUGUGAGUGACCCAGCCAAGCCUCAAUGCAAGAGCAACACUCCAUUACCUAAACCCAUAAAUCCAACGUGUAAAUCGUCUCUCUGUGACCUCAUCAUGGGACCGAUCUUCAAAGCAUGUCAUGCUGCCCAACCACCACAGCCUUUCUACCAAGCCUGCCUUUACGACAGCUGCAAUGUGGCCAACUCAAACAUUGAAUGUACUAGUCUGCAACAUUAUGCCACAAUCUGUGGUGAUCAUGGCAUCUGCAUUCCAUGGAGGAGCCAGGCUCUGGAUUGUCCAAUUACUUGUCCUUCUGACAGGGUGUAUAAUGCAUGUGGCUCACCUAUCCCCUUAACCUGUCAAACAACGCCAUCAGAUGCGGCAGCACUGAAAAAUGACAAACGUGUUGUGGAAGGCUGCUUCUGUCCCACCGACACUAAGCCAUUUAGUGCAGCAAUUGAUAUCUGCGUAAGCGACUGUGGGUGUGUUGGACCAGACAACGUUCCCCGCUCGUAUGGAGAAUCCUUUGUUUUUAACUGUGAAAUCUGCACAUGUUUGGAGGGUGGUCGUGGAAUAACCUGCCAAAACCAAGAGUGCCUUGAUGUAGUAAAUGAACAGUGUAUUUUGGAAGGUUUUUACUCAGUGACUCAACCAAGUGCUACAAACAAAUGUUGCAAUGAAACUGUAUGCAGAUGUGACCCAAGUCUGUGCUCAGAUAUCUUGCCUAAAUGUGGACCUGGAUAUGCAAUGAAGGGUGGCAUUGAAGAUGGUCAUUGUUGUCCUACUUAUUCCUGUGAACCAAAACAAGUUUGUGUUAGUGGAAAUGCUGAAUAUCUGCCUGGAUCUCAUGUUUACACAGAGAAUUGUGAGAACUGUAUCUGUGCACAAAAUGGAAACAACUUUACAAUAGCCUGCGACCCGAUCGUCUGCAACAUACAGUGCCCAGCUGGUUUUGAGGUGAAACCAAAUUCCCCAUCUGACUGCUGUGGUUCCUGUCAGCAAACCAACUGUGUUGUGAAUUAUGAUGGCUCCUACAGGCUUAUGAAUCCUGGAGAUGUUUUGCCCUCCGUGACUGAUACCUGCACAAUGUACAAAUGUUCAUUAAUCAAUGGUCAGUUCGUCACCACUGUCUCCCAAAUCUCCUGCCCCAUAUUAAAUGAAGAUGACUGUGAGCCUGGAAGCAUUCAACUCUCACCUAGCGGAUGCUGUAAAACAUGUAUCCAAAAGAAUGGCACCUGCAGCGUACAGGCAUUUGAUGAUUACUUGACCUACCAAGGGUGCACAUCAGCAACAAGGCUCAGAAUGUCUCGCUGUGAAGGAUCCUGCGGAACCUUUUCAAUGUUCUCUGCUGAUGCACAGGCUAUGUCCCAUAAAUGUUCAUGCUGCCAAGAGGUUCAGACUACAACAAAUAAUGUCAAGCUGCAGUGCCCCGACGGAACAUCACUUGAUUAUAAUUACAUUGAUGUGCAGGAGUGCCAGUGUACAGGUUCCCAAUGUCCAGGCGGAAAUGUGUAGUCUAACAAUGUAAAUCUUUAACGAGGUAUUUUAAAUAGAAAACAAAACAGAAAACUAAAGUAAAAAAAUAAUAUUGUUUAAAAAUCAUUUUCCAUGCAAAUAUAAUGACUUGUUAAGUUGUAUGAUUUAUACCUUUGCCUCUGAAAUUAAAGCACUUUCUAAUACAAUGCAAA